AUGACGCGUCGAAUCCUAGCAGUUUUAGCGGCUCUAAGCUCUACUUCUAGUACCUCUGCCUCAUCAUUUACGUCAUCUCUGGAUCCUUUAUACGUAGUUCAACUUCGUGCAACCCGUGAUGGCUUUCCUUCGAUCAAAGACGGCACCCCUAAGCGGUCUCAACUCAUUACGACCGAAUCUGGCCAAACAUUUGAGUGUUUGCUCCCACCUCUUCCUCUUUCUAAGCAGGUGACGGAGGAUAUAGAGGCAUCCGACCCGCUACUUGUUAAAGAGGGCGUUGAAAAGCAGCAAACUGCCGCUUUCUUGGCGUUUGGACGAGCCGCAGUAAAGAGAGUGCGACCCCAAUGCAUCCAAUACAUGGACACGGAGAGCGUGUGGCUCUACGAAGUCUGCGUGGGCAUUUCAAUCCGUCGUUCGGUGCUUCAACAGGCAGAAGUGCAAGUUGAAGCAAUAGGAGCAACGUCAAAUGUGGCACAAAUUGCUGGACACGAAGAAGAACGACUUGGCGCUUUUGUGACAGAAUCAAGUCGCCCUGCCCUCAUUUACGACGAGUUUGUCACGUCCGAGAUGCAGGAUCGAGUCAAAAAUCACCAUAAACCGCUGUAUACGCAGACUUUUGGUGAUGAUAAGCAGCAAAUUUACGUGCAGUUCAUCUGCAGUACCACUACGCAAGACGACGCAGUGUCUGCUGUGCAAUGGCGAACAGAUGCAGCCACGGACGGUCCGCAUGAAAUCGCUGCGCUUUUAGUUGCGUCGCGAGUAUUUUGCGACCCUCUACAUUCCGACGCAGAUGAUAGCAACUUGUUUACUGUGCGUUUGUUGUUGCAGCCACUGGAGGACGCACAGAAGUGCAUCACUCGAACUGAAGGUUGGUGGACGUAUGAGUUUUGCUUCGGGAGAUCGGUGAGGCAGUACCACCGCGAUGCCGAUGGUCGAAUCACAGCCGAGUUUUCUCUAGGCAUGUUUGAUGAAGAGGGGAAUCGCGAGUUGGAGCGCAUGGGCUCAGCGUUGGUCUCGGAGUACAUUGACGCAACUCAAGACGUGCCACGCCCCGCGUACUUGGAGCUGUAUGACGACGGGACCAUCUGCAAAGAUUCAGAGAACCAUGUACCGCGCAAGGCGAAGGUUCUCUACUACUGCAGUCACGGUGGCACGAGUCACCACAUUCUGACGGUCAAGGAGACACAGACGUGCACUUAUACAGUAAAAGUAUCAUCCCCAGUGUUAUGCGACCACCCGCACUUCUAUAACGAUAAAGAGACGAGCAACCAAGCGGCAGAGAUAUUGCACUGCAUCCCGGCGGUGGAGGUUGCUGCUGCUGCAGCCGUAUAG